CAUUAGUAAAUUGAAAUUAACAUUAAAUAAGUUUAACAAAUGCUGUUGUUCAUUGUUAGUUCAUGUUAACUAGUUAACAAAUGGAACCUUAUUUUAAAGUGUUACUAAAGUGUUUUUCAUAAUCUUGUCAUUUAUCUCAGUGUACACCUCACAGUUUCUCAGGGUUUUCACACAGGAGGGCACUGAUUAUUCAUUAUCAGGAAUGGCCAAUACUGUUCACAUAGCUAAUGAAUCAGUAACCAGUUGACUAGGCAGAUUUACACAAUAUAUGUAAGAGAAGUCAAAACCAGCCUCGAGGGAAAAAAGGAUUUUCACACUGUACGAACGCUUAAGUGUUUUGUCUUGUUAAUGCAGAGGAGCCAAUAAGGAUUAUUUAAUGAAGGUGAAAGGAACUCUGCUGAAGUAAUAUUCAUCUCUGCACUACUUUGUGAUGGACAGGCUUGACCUUCCUUCAGCUCUUUCAGCCUCAGCCUCUGAUAACAUCCUACAGGGUCCCAGCAAUGCUCUCACAAAUAGGAUCUAUGCUGCAGUUAUUAAAGUGUUUCAGGGAGAGGAACUACAACCGAAUGAGCUGUACUUCUUGAAUGAAAAUACCAGGUGGCUUCUAAGGGCAGAUAUGGGCUACUUUAUCAAAGAGCAUUUCCAGAAUCAGAUUUUGACCAAAGGUCUAUCAAUUCUUUUGGGUGAGAUACAGCAAUAUGAAGGGGAGAGACAGCUCUUUGUUUUGGCCCAAGUUUGGGACAGAUUUUUCUCGGAGAUUCUGCCUACUGUUCAGGCAGUUUUCUAUCCUCUGCAGGGUCAGGAGUUGACAGUCAGACAGAUGGCUGUCCUCGGCUUCAGAGAUCUGGUCCUUAUGAAGCUCUCUCUAGGUGACCUGCUGUGCGAGAACUUGUCUCUUAUCCCAGCAUCUAUAAAACAGAUGCUACUUGUGCUACAGGGAAUCCAGGAACCCAGAGGCCCAUCAAGGGAAUAUUGCAGACUUGAGAGUAUUGUGGCUCUUGCAGUCACACCUUAUCUAUGGAAUUGCAGGCAUACAAGAUGCACUGAACAAAGCAACACAAGAGCACAAAUCAACCACCCUGAGAUAAGGAUUACUCAUUACAUCUCUGAAGGUUCUUUGCUGUCCCCCAUAGUGGAACAGGAAGGGGAAGUAUUUCUAGAGCGAGUGGGAAAUCUACGACGUCACAGUGUGACAAAUGCCCAUUCAGACAUCCAGCUUCUCUCUGCUACAAGUAGAGUAUAUUCUGGGAUGGGUGAUAGCUGAGAAUAUUGAUGUGACUAGGACAGAUCUGGGACACAUGUUCUGAGAGAUUCUGGACUUUUUUUUUUUUUUUUUUUUU